CACUAUUUGUUUGGGUUUGAGGCCAGACAGACAUACCCAUUAAAUUUAAACAAAGGACCACGUUUCAGGACAUUCAUCCCGAGGUCAACAAGCAAACAGCAGCAGCUUCAUCCAGACACUCAAGUGAAAGUUUUUGUGCUAGUCGCAUUUCAAGAGCAGUUGCGACCAGACAUGAACAAGCGCAACAACAUUCGGCUGCCGCCGGAGGUGAAUCGGCUGCUGUAUGUGCGUAAUUUGCCAUAUAAGAUCACAUCGGAUGAAAUGUACGAUAUAUUUGGCAAAUUUGGUGCCAUACGCCAAAUCCGCGUUGGCAAUACGCCGGAGACACGCGGCACUGCAUUCGUUGUCUACGAGGACAUUUUCGAUGCGAAAAACGCCUGCGACCAUUUAUCCGGCUUUAAUGUGUGCAACCGCUAUCUUGUCGUCCUUUAUUACCAAUCCAACAAAGCCUUUAAGCGUGUGGAUGUGGACAAGAAACAGGAGGAGCUGAACAACAUCAAGUCCAAGUACAAUUUAAAAACACCGGAGGCACCUUAGAAGAAAGUCGUUUGUCGUCGCCAGUUCAUGUCGAACUUUCCUUCCUUCUGCACAUCCAGCAAAUUUUUACAACUUUUUAUCAAAAUGCUCAAAAAACGGCGUAAAAAUUUGUAUAUCUUUUUACAAUUUUGCUACCAAUCUACUUGUAGUUUUUGAAAGAAUUUCCAUCAUUUUUAUUUCAAUAUCAACAUCAAGCAUCAUCGAUCAUCACCACGUAUCACACACAAACGUUUGGCACUUCGGGAAACUUGUUCAGCUCAAAGUUCCAAACUGUUCGCAAACCAUAACAAAAAGAAACACAUACUCAUCAAAAAUAACAAGCAAGUAAAAACAACAAAAAAAAAAUGGUAAAAUUCAA